AUGAGCACUCAUUCAAGUUGCUACAUCCCGAUCAUUCGUCCAUUAUUUUUUACUAGUUCAUACAAAGAGUAUAAUAUCUUAUUGAAUCAUGCUACAAACAGUACCGCAACAAGGCCAGAUUUUUUGUGCUUGGUUAACGAAAUUCCAAUUUUGAAUUCGGAAAUUAAGCCAUCCGGAUUCACACCUCUUCAACAACAAAAAGAUAAGUUAAAAGUACAGUUGCGAGGGCGUAAGUCCAUCAAUCAGUUGUUAAGAACAAAUGGUAGUUUAGAAGAAACGGUAUUGUUAACUAAUCAAGCUGAGCUGAAAAAGGAAAAUCAUCAUCUUCGUAAUGAAUUGCAAUCAGAAGUUGAUAUUAACUGCCAGAAUGAAAGACAAAUUAAUCAACUAGAACAGGAUUAUUUCUGGUAUAAGCAAGAAAUUCAUUAUCUUAAUAGAGAGAUAGAGCGCUUUGAAAAUGCUUUGAAAGAAGAAAUAGUAGAGUUGAAAUCUGAAAUCUCUAGCCUAAAAAAGCAACUAUAUCAAGCUAAAAAGAAUGUACAAGAUAAGGAAAAGUUUAUCUCUAGUUUAGAAAAGUAG